AAAUAAAGCCAAUCAGACACCAUUUGUUUGCUGCCACCUUUUAAGAACAAACUAGGGUUUUUUCACCCAUAUAUAUAUCGGACCAAAUCAAUUUCCGUUCUCCAUAUAUAUCAGCCAAAAACCCUUAAUCAAUCAAUCAAAACAAUAAUGACAGGAAAAGCAAAGCCAAAGAAACACACAGCAAAAGAAAUCGCCGCAAAAGUGGCGGCAGCCACCACAAACAAAGGUGGCGGCAAGGCAGGAGUUGCCGACCGUACCGGUCAGGAAAAAGGCGGCCACGCCAAAUACGAAUGCCCGCAUUGCAAAAUAACCGCACCUGAUGUUAAAACAAUGCAGAUUCAUCAUGAUUCUAAACACCCCAAGAUUCCUUUCGAUGAAUCCAAGGUUACUAACUUACAUGCUGUCCUUGCUCCUAUUGCUGAAUCCAAACCUCGUCCCGGUGUUCGUGGUAGCCUCAAAAAGUGAAAUUCUACACAUUUUUUCUCUAUUAUUAUUGUUAUUAAUGUUGGUCUGUUUCUUGGAAUGGGAUAAAGAUUUGAGCCAUAUUGUACUAUUGUGGAUUGAUGAUGCUUAAGGAUUUUAACUUUUUUUUUCUA